CCAAGCGGGACCAGACGUGGCGGGAGGACGUGGUCACCAAUGGCAUUGGCCGCGUGGAGGGCAUCGCCGUGGACUGGAUCGCUGGAAACAUCUACUGGACAGACCAGGGCUUCGACGUCAUCGAGGUGGCCAGGCUGAACGGGUCCUUCCGCUAUGUGGUCAUCUCACAGGGGCUGGACAAGCCACGGGCCAUCACGGUCCAUCCAGAGAAGGGGUAUCUGUUCUGGACGGAGUGGGGGCAGUACCCCCGCAUCGAACGGUCGCGCCUGGACGGGACCGAGCGGAUGGUGCUGGUUAACGUCAGCAUCAGUUGGCCCAACGGGAUAUCUGUUGACUACGAGGACGGGAAGCUUUACUGGUGUGAUGCGCGGACAGACAAGAUCGAGCGAAUCGACCUGGAGACGGGUGAAAACCGAGAGGUCGUCCUGUCCAGCAACAACAUGGACAUGUUCUCAGUGUCGGUCUUUGAGGAGUACAUAUACUGGAGCGACAGGACUCAUGCGAAUGGUUCCAUCAAAAGAGGCAACAAGGACAACGCCACCGAGUCAGUGUCCCUGCGGACAGGGAUCGGCGUGCAGCUCAAGGACAUCAAAGUCUUCAACCGGGCCAGGCAGAAGGGCACCAACAUCUGUGCCCAGAGCAACGGGGGCUGCCAGCAGCUCUGCUUGUUCCGGGGCAACGGGCAGAGGACGUGUGCCUGCGCCCACGGCAUGCUGUCCGAGGAUGGGGUGAGCUGCCGGGACUACGACGGCUACCUGCUGUAUUCGGAGCGCACCAUCCUCAAGAGCAUCCACCUGUCGGACGAGAACAACCUCAAUGCGCCCAUCAAGCCCUUCGAGGAUGCGGAGCACAUGAAGAACGUCAUUGCCCUGGCCUUCGACUACCGCUACGGCUCUAAGGGCAGCAACCGCAUAUUCUACAGCGACAUCCACUUCGGCAACAUCCAGCAGAUCAACGACGAUGGCACAGGGCGCAAGACCAUCGUGGAGAAUGUGGGCUCGGUGGAGGGGCUGGCGUACCACCGCGGCUGGGACACGCUGUACUACCUCCACCAUCACCCGCCACACCGUGGACCAGAGCCGCCUGGGGGCUUUUGA